AUGAAGUAAUUGUAAGAGACAAGUAAAUAAAUUAAAAAUUUACAAUUAUUUAAUCCAUAUAGAUAAAUCAAAAAUACUUAAAAGAAUUAAAGAGAUGAUGGAAAAAUUGAAAAACAGGCAUUUAUAGUCUAAAUAAAAUUAAGUAUUAUGCUAUCAAUUAUAUUAGAAUUGAUGUUUCUAAUAUAUUCCCUUAAAUGUACAUGGCUUCUUAUAUUAAUGACAUUGUAAAAACAAAUAAUAAUUUAAUUUACAUCUUAUUAUCUAUGUCUAAUAAAACAAGGAUUUAAUCUACAUGGCAAUAACUAUCUUUUUAUAAGCAUUUCUAACAUGAUAAUCUCAAAAGUGGAGGAUUGUUAUUUAAACAUUUUUGCUCUUUGUAAUCUAAUAGUGCUAUAGAUUAUUUAGUAUCUACAAUCAAAGUAGUACUUUCUAAUAUAGAUUUCUAUGUCAGAAAAAAGACAUUUUUUUUAUGAGUCAAAGUUUGUUAUAAAGCAACUGUAUAAAAUGAUAUAUAAAAAUGAUGUGAUUUAUAAACUUAAUGAGAUAUUUGGUAGAGGAGAAAAGAAAAGAAUUAUCAAAGAAAAUUAUUAAGUUGAUUGA